AUGGCCUGGCAGGGACUGCUGCUGGCUGCUUGCCUCCUGACACUCCCCUCUGCCACGGCAGAUUGCCUGUCCCCGUGCUCCUUGUGUGCAGUGAAGACCCAGGAUGGGCCCAAGCCCAUCAACCCCCUGGUUUGCUCCCUGGAAUGCCAGGCCUCCCUGCUGCCCUCUGAGGAGUGGGAGAGAUGCCAGGGCUUCCUGUCUGUUUUCACCUCCAUCACCCUCGGGCUCAAUGGCAAGGGAGACUUGGAGAGCAAUGCUGUUUUGGAAGAUGCUUACGAUGAGCUCGCCAAGCGCUCUGAGCCUUUCCUGAAGAAGCUGGAGAAAAGCAAAUUCAUCUCAAACACCCCCACAAGGGAGAAUUCUCUGAGCCAGAGCCUGGAGGAGAAGCUCAGGGAUCUCUCAGGCAGGUUUGAGGAGGGAGCAGAGUCUGAGCUGAUGGGAGACACACAGCUGGAAGAUGGUAUGAUGGAAGCUGAGGCACUCGGGUCUGAUGAGGAGGACCUCAAGGAACAGGACAAACGCUAUGGGGGCUUCUUGCGCAAAUACCCCAAGAGGAGCUCAGAGGUGGCUGGGAAGGGGGAUGAGGAUGGAGAUACGGCAGCCCACGAGGACCUGUACAAACGCUACGGGGGCUUCUUGCGGCGCAUCCGUCCCAAGCUCAAGUGGGACAACCAGAAGCGCUAUGGUGGCUUUCUCCGGCGCCAGUUCAAGGUGGUGACUCGGUCUCAGGAAGAUCCCAAUGCCUAUUCUGGAGAGCUUUUUGAUGUGUAA